AUGAGGAGGAAACACACCAGGAAAAACUUAUCCCUGUGGAUGACGCCGGAUAUAAACAAAGUGCACGUUAAGGAAAAAUCAUGGAAGACUCCUGCAACUUUUCAAAAAUCAUUAAAAAUCACAUUGAUUAUGGGGCAGAUUUUCUCUCUAUUACCAGUUAUGGGUAUAUGCAGUAAUGAUCCAUUGAAAAUCAGAUUUGUUUAUACAUCAUGGAAAUGCUUCUACUCAUUUUUUUCAAUACUUGGACAAUUGUAUAUGACUUUCAUGUGUAUUUAUAAAUUCUCAUUGUUUAUUACCUCAAUGAAUAAUGCAGCGCCACUCAUCUUUUACGGCACGUCAUGCUUGUCUAUGGUGUUGUUUUAUGAUGCGGCGAGAGCGUGGCCAUCUCUAGUACAGCAUAUAGCAAGCACUGAACAAAUCGAUCCUAAUUACGAUACGAAAUUAACAUACAAAUGUAACAUUACCUGUAUUGUGGUACUGACGUUGGCUUUAAUAGAACACAUACUAUCUCUCCUCUCGAAGUUUGCCGCGGCCGCAGUAUGUUUUCCGAAUGCCAGCGUCUAUGAAGGUUUCAGUAGAUAUGCCUAUCCAUCGAUUUUUCAAGUAUUGCCAUAUUCAACCACAUUGGGAGUCCUUACCCAGUUCCUACACUUCCAAUCGACAUUUAUUUGGAAUUUCUCAGAUUUGUUCGUGAUAUGCAUGAGUUAUUAUUUGACGUCGCGUCUCCAGCAUAUCAAUGAGAGGCUGCUAGAAGCGCAAGGGAAGUAUCUACCAGAGUCGUUUUGGAAGACGACUCGAGAGGAUUACUGCCGUGCCAUCAAGUUGGUGAGGAAGGUCGACGACGUCAUCAGUGGAAUUGUAUUCAUUUCCUUCGCUAACAACCUUAUCUUUAUCUGCUUGCAACUUUUCAAUACUUUGGAAGACGGUAUUAAAGGUACUAGUGAAUGCAGCGGUCGAUCUAAAAGAUCAAACUUACUGGGAGGCCACGAGUCGGCUGUAUACUUUUUAUUCUCAUUGGUGUUCUUGAUAGGCCGAUCAGUAGCCGUGUCUCUUAUAGCGGCUCAAGUGAACACAGCCACUGAAAUGCCGGCUCCCGUGCUGUACGACGUACCUUCGCCGGCCUACUGCGUCGAGGUGCAAAGAUUUAUAGAUCAAAUUAACGGAGAGAAUGUUGCAUUGAGCGGUUUGAAAUUCUUCAAUGUCACAAGAAGUUUACUCUUAUCGGUCGCCGGCACUAUUGUCACCUACGAGCUAGUGAUGUUUCAAUUCAAUACAUCAGCUCCAAAUACCAACACUACUGUUAUACAUAAUAAUAUGACCACUGUAGCACCUUAA